ACUCAAUGUAACAAAAUACAAAUUUUUGAUCAUUGCUUGAGAAAUUUUCUUCUCAUUUUGUUGACUUCACCAACCCUUGAUUCAGAAGCCUUGGUAGAGGAAAAAGGCUAAUCUUCAACAAAGCAACUUUUAUAAGCUACCAUAAAGAAGAACACAAUAGCAACAGCCUAAUGGCGACACCGGCGCUAUUUUUCAAUGCGCUUUCAAUAGUCCUGGGUUCAUUCCAAUAUGGUCAUCAUAUUGGUGAACUCAAUUCACCUCAGAAGGUCAUCACAACCUGUCCAGAACCACUGUAUCCUGAUCCGUCAACGCUAGGGGACCACUUGAACGAAUGGAUUGAAACAGAUGGCUCAUUACCGUCAUGUAUUCCCAUGACAAACGCAGAAUGGUCUGUGUUGGUAGCAACAUUGACCCUGGGUGGACUUUUUGGAGCCUUGUUUGUAGGGUCACGACUGGCAGACCGAUGGGGUCGAAGGACCGCGCUGAUGCUCAACAAUGUAUCCUUAUUGUUGGGAUCCUUGAUCAUGGGUUGUGCCUCAGCUUACACCACCAUGUUAGUAGGCCGGUUUCUGAUUGGUAUAGGAUGCGGAAACGUGACAGUGAUUGUGCCCAUGUACCUUGCUGAGGUCUCGCCACCAGAGCUACGUGGAUCCUUGGGAGUAACGAAUCAACUGGGCAUUGUCGUGGGCAUUUUAUUCUCACAAGCUCUAGGGCUCUUUCUGUCCACACCCACAGGAUGGCGAGUGAUUUUACUCGCAGGUGCAGUCAUAUCGUUCCUUCAGGUACUUCUGCUUCCUUUUUGUGUAGAAUCACCCCGAUACCUGGCACUUCAACCUGGUGGAGCAAUGAAGGCUAAGCGCGCACUUCAAAUUUUACGUGGACGGCAAGAUGUGGCCAAGGAGAUCCGGGACUGGACUCGUCAAGAUGAUCGCGCUGCUGAGGCUGAAGAGGAAGGCCUGAACGAUCCAAGCGACUCGCUCUUGGCUGACGGUGCAGGAGGAAGCACUACGGCAGACGAAGGUCAGCCUCUGCAGCCAGCAAAGGCAUACAGCCAUUCUGGAAGAGCCAUUUCUGUAAUCGAGUUUGUAUCGAUACCUCGGUACCGUCGACCGGCUAUUAUCCUGUUGUUAGUCCAGCUUUCACAGCAGUUGUCGGGUAUCAAUGGAGUAGUUUUUUAUUCAACUGCCAUCAUGUCACAAAUCUUACCCUCGUCCAGUGCCAUGAUCACAGUGUACAUUUCGAUUGUAAACGUGAUCAUGACGCUAGUAGCAGCUUAUCUUAUGGAUAGAGCAAACCGACGUACAUUGCUUUUGACGUCUGGUACUGCUAUGGCAGUGGCCUCAUUUCUUUUGGCACUCUCGCUUAAUUACCAGAUUCCGGUACUUUCUGCUAUCUCUAUUAUUGCGUUUGUGGCGUCAUUCGCGAUUGGUCUAGGUCCAAUCCCUUUCCUGAUUAUUCCAGAAGUGGUGGAUACGGUCGCGGUGGCAAGUGCCUCUGCAUUUGCAUUGUCGGUCAACUUUGUGAGCAACUUUAUAGUAGCGGCUAUGUUUUUGAAAUUACAAGAGUGGUGGGGCGGAAAUGUGUUUUAUUUCUUCUUUCUGUUACUGGUGAUUCUGACCAUGGCCAUGAACAAGAUCAUCCCCGAGACUAAGGGCAAGACUGUGGAGGAAGUAGCGCGUUCUUGGCAACCAUCACGUAUCCAUUAGUUUGUC